UUGACAAACUUUGUUUGUGUUAGUGGUGGCUACUUUUACUUCCAUUCUUCCACACACGUGGGUUUGAUUUUAAUAAAAUCCUUGUUUCUCUCGAAUGAAAAUGGUCAAAAAAAGGAAACUUGAGACAAAACCACCCACUGCAAAACAAUCUCCGGUUGAAGUUAUAGUGGAAGACGUUACUUCUCACCCUUUAUGUCUUCAUGGACCAACCUUAUUAUUUUCCUCUGAAAAGGGGCGGUAUUAUGCGUGUGCAUCGUGUAGAAAUAAAAAAGAUUGUUCCUUACAUAUUGACGAAGAGGAUUGGCAGAAGGAAAACGUGCGAAAACGCAAUGAAAAGUACUACAGUUUAAUUCCUAAGAUUGAUAAGAAUGCAGCAUGGAAAAAUUGUAAUGAGGUUAAGUCCCAACACGCCUCAAACCGAGCCUACUGUAGCACUUGUCAGGAACUGUAUAUUGUAUCUCAAAGCAAGAAACAUUCCAAAGACCAUAGAGUCGUCACUCCUUUGACCAACGAGCAACUAGCUCGCCCCUCAUCAUGGUUGCCAGCUUUGGAAAAUGAUGAUGUUGAAGCACAGUACUUGUUUACGAAGAAAUCAGUGAGCACUGUAUUGGGAAUACUUCGGAAUAACAAUAUUAAGAAUAUCCUCUGUGUAGGCACACCCUCAGUGCACGAGGCGGCCCAACUCAGUCCAGAAUUUGAAUCUUUGCUAUUGGACUAUGACAACAGACACCAUCAAUUCCACGCACCAAGCAAAUACAUUUGGUAUAACAUGUUCAACAAUUUUAUGUUCAAUGGAAAUAAUGAUGAAAAGGUGCUGAAGAAGUUUUUGAGAAAAUCUAGAGAAGGUGGUAUAUGUAUAGUAAUGGACCCCCCAUUUGCGGGUCGAGUGGAGCCUCUAGUCCAAACUGUCAGGGAUCUCUCAGCAAUGUACAGGAAUAUCUGUGAGAAACCUAAAGACGAGCCUGUUCCGGUGUUGUGGGCAUUUCCUUACUUUGCUGAGCCAUAUAUAACAAACUUGAUGCCAGAAAUAAGAAUGCAUGAUUAUCAGAUUGAAUACGAGAACCACAAGAAAUUCCACAACAAAUCGAAGAGCAGCCGUAAAUUUGGAUCGCCUGUGCGAUUCUUCACUAACCUGCCGCUGGAGACCAUUGACCUGUCCAAUGACAGCAACUAUAAGAAGUGUGAUAAAUGCAACUUUUGGGUCUCCGCGAAGAAUAACCACUGCGGUAAAUGCAACGAGUGUACGAGUAAGAAUGGGAUGACUUACAGGCAUUGCAGCGUGUGUAAGCGGUGUGUGAAGCCAACGUUUUUCCAUUGCAAGACUUGUGAGCGGUGUUGCCAACAGAAGGACCAUGUUUGUGGGGUCGUUGUUGAGAGUCAGUCGUGUUUCAACUGUCGCGAAAAAGGACACAAAAGAUCGAACUGUCCGCAGAUACAAGAAAGCGGGAGAGCCAAGAAAAAACGUAUUCAUGCGUAAACAAUUAUAUAUUUUUUUAUUUAAUAAAUCAUCAUUUAUUA